AUGGCCGUCGUGUCAGCUUGCAAGAGGCAGGACUGGCAACUUGCUCUCCACCUUGUGGCAUUUGAUGACCUCGGCGAUCAAAGAACUUGCCGCGAGGUCAUUUCCUGUUGCGGCCGGCUCCAACAGUGGCAUCCUGCACUACGUGUGCUGGCGGAGAUCAAAGCCGCACUGGCCGUUCCGACUGUUUACAGCUUCAGUGCAGCAAUCACUGCCUGCGGCAAGGGCCAGCAAUGGGAGGAGGCUCUGCUGCUGCUGUCUCAGAUGCCCGUCGCCAGGGCCGUGCCGAACGUAUUCAGCUUUAAUGCCGCAAUUAGUGCCUGUGAGCGGGCCCUUGUGUGGCAAUGGUCUGUCCAGUUGUUGGCAGAGAUGCCAAGCAGAAAGCUCUCACCCGACGUCAUCAGCUUCAACACCGUGUUGAAGGCUUGUGAAGUGGGUCGGAGGUGGACAACAGCUCUCGACCUUUUGUCCAUGAUGCCAGCCAUGUGGAUAGUUCCUGAUGAGAUCACCUUCAACACUUGCAUGAGUGCCUGUGAAAAAGCAAGGCAGUGGCAGCAUGCACUCUACCUCCUUGCUUCAAUGCCUGCCCGAAGAGCUGUUCCGGAUGAGAUCAGCUGUAAUGCCAGCAUCAGUGCUUGUGCCAAAGGCGGUCAAUGGCAGAUGGCUUUGGCCUUAUUCUCAGAGAUGCACUCAUUGAAACUGCCCUGCGAUGUAAUCAGCUUUAGUGCCAGCAUCAGUGCCUGUGAAAAACACGGCCUGUGGCAGUUGGCCCUUCAGAUGUUGGUGGAGAUGCCAUCAUUUGCUGUAAGGCCCAACGAGGUCACCUUCAAUUCAACUAUCAGUGCCUGCGAAAAAGCAGGGCAGUGGCAGAUGGCUCUCCGGCUGUUGCUGGACAUGCAGGUUGAAGGAGCUCUUCCUGACACGGUCAGCUUCAAUGCAGGCGUCAGCGCUUGUGCGAAAGGCCAGCAGUGGCAGAUGGCCCUGUUCCUCUUAUUCGGCAUGUUGGAAGCAGAAGUAGCUCCCAAUGAGAUCAGCUUCAACGCAGGCAUCAGUGCUUGUGAAAAGGCCGGACUCUGGCAGGCGGCUGUCGAUGUCCUGGCAGCCAUGAGACUGCAGCACUGCGUCCCAGAUGUGAUCAGUUUCAGCGCAUGCAUCGGCGCGUGUGCGGAAGAGGGCGCCUGGCAGGUGGCGCUGGCACUGCUUUCCAACAUGCCUGCAGCCAAAGUUGCACCCAACGAAGUGAGCCUCAGCUCGUUCAUCAGCACCUGCCACACCGGCGCAUGGCAGCUAGCCUUGCAAGUGAUGUUUGAAUCCUUUGCAAGGGGCUUGCCUCCUAAUGCAAUCACCUUCAACGCAGCCAUCAGUGCCUGUGAGAAGAAUGGACAGUGGCAGCAGGCCCUGUCCUUGUUGAACACGAUGCCAGAAGCCCGCGCACUCACCGACGUCAUCAGCGUAAAUGCCGCCAUCAGUGCUUGCGCCAGCAGUGGUAAGUGGCAGGUUGCCCUUCUUCUGCUGGCGAGCCUUCAGGAGGCCGCUUUCGGUUCCCCGACAGUCGUCAGCUUGAGUGCAGCCAUCAGCGCCUGUGAGAAGGGCGGCCGCUGGCAGAUGGCUCUCGAGCUCUUUUCCAGCAUGCAGAAGCAGGAAGUUCGGCCAAAUGAAAUCAGCUUCAACUCAGCCAUCAGCGCCUGCGAAAAGGAUGGGCAGUGGCAGUAUGCUCUGCUCAUUUUCUCAGAAAUGCCGGCGGCAGGUGUCGCACCCAGCGAGGUCAGCUUCAACGCAAGUAUCAGUGCUUGCGAGAAGGGGUGGCGCUGGGAGAUGGCCUUGUAUGUUCUUUCGCAGAUGCCAACUUUUGGAAUCGAACCCAACGAAAUCAGUUUUAGUGCGGGCAUCAGUGCCUGCGAAAAGAGCGGCCACUGGCAGAUGGCCCUAUUUCUACUGUCGACGAUGAGAUCCCUGAGAGUUGGGCCAAGCCGAGUCAGUUUUAGUGCAGGCAUCAGUGCAUGCGAGGAAGGAGGUCAGUGGAGAAUGGCUCUUCAUGUGCUGUCACAGUUGCAUUCCGCCAGCGCAAUUCCCGACGAAGUGAGCGUCGGCGCAGGGAUCAGCGGCUGUGAGAAGGGCUCCCAGUGGCAGAUGGCAGCGAAGCUGCUGUUUGAUAUGCCGGCAACGAGGCUCUGGCCGAAUGAGGUCUGCUUUAGUGCUGCUAUCGGCGCCUGUGACAGGGCUGUCGCAGAAGUCGCAUGA